AGUUUGAAAUCGGGAUUUCGGCGUUCAGUCUGGAAAUAUCACUAAUGCAGAGAUGUCCCAUAGCAUUUCGAUGCAUGAUGAUGACCUUGAGAAAUUAGGAGAAUCUUUGAAUGAGAUCAUCAUGAGCAGUAAGGCAGAAAGUGUUCUUCAAGCAGCAAGGAAAAAAAAGCAGGAGUUCUUCGACCACUACAUCAAGACUAAGAAGACGCUUACUGAGCUCCUAAAUGAUCUUGUGCACACAGAAGAGGUGGUCGGCCAGAAGCUUCUGGAUUUAGACCAACAGAAAAGCCAGAUGAUGCAGGAGAUCAUGAAGAUGGAGCAGGAGGUGCAGAGGAGCCAGUCUAAAAGUCAAAACCUGGACUCAGAGCUGGAAUUCUUGCAGAAAGAGCUGGAAAGACUCCGAGAUGCUGAGCAAGAAAUCCAAACCCUGCAACAGGAAGUGGAUGAGGACACAACUGAGGUCAUUCCUUCAGCCAUAUAUGUUGCUCAGCUCUACUCUAAAGUGACCAAGAUAAAGCUGGAGUUUGACACAGAGCCGCACAUACUGAAAGGAGUUCACUAUGGUGCGGAUGUGGUGACCCCCAUCAACAUAGACACCUCCACCCGUACACCCUGUGAGGUCAGCGAUGAGCUCUGGAGCCUGGUUAAGACAGAAUGGUAGACCUGCUGCAUGUGAACAGCGUUAGCUUGUUUACUGUUUGAUAUAUAUGUGUGUGUGCGUGUAUUUUUUGUAUGUGCAGGUCUGUUAGUAAAUAUUUCUCAUUUUCGCCACAAGAUGUCACUGCCUCACAAAUUCCCCAAGCUGAUUGACAAUGCACAGUGCGUUAACAAAAUAGAAAUGUGAACCUCUUUAUUUAGAAACACAUUUUAUUGUUAAGCCUUCAGAUUUCCACAGAGCAGUGAAUCUGAUCCUAUCAAAUUUAGGAUCUUGUUUUUUUAAAGAGGACAUUUAGAUCACUGAAGUAUGGUUUUUGUAAAUGACAAAAAAUGAUUUUCAAGAGUUAGCAUAUAUGGCUUGUAUCUUGCAUUCAUUUAAACUUGUUUUUUUUUUGUUUGUUUUUAUUUCAGUGUUUUUGUAAAUAGGUACUUUUUUGCAACUUAUACUCCUUUCUAAAAUAACAUUUUCGUCUAAA